CUCUCCUGCAACCAACCAACCAACCCCCUCUUUUAGCUGAACACAUCGAUACGCGAGGAGCUCUCGUGCAUCUGGCGCCGGUGCGCAACGAUCCUCGCUGAUUCCUCUCAAUUAAAGCAGCAGCAGUGGCAGCAAGCAGCAGCAUCAUCAUCAGCAGCAUCAGCAAACAGCAUCAUCAGCAGCAGCAUCAUCAGCAGCAAUCAUCAUCAUCAGCAGCAGCAGCAUCAGCAAGCAGCAGCAUCAUCAUCAUCAGCAAGCAGCAUCAGCAUCAGCAGCGCUCCGAGCCGACUAUGGGCACCGCAGCAGCGCACGGAGCUGCCGCGCGCAUGGCGGCGGAGGCGGAGACGCUGGAUUUGACGCACAUCGCUAAGCAUUGAUAGUGGGGGGCGCGAGGGAUUGGUGGGGGUGCGGCGGCGGGGGGUGUGGGGGGGGCGUAAAGGUGGGUUCACAGAUCGCGUCUCGCACCGCACCUGGCGAGAAAAGAGCUCUCCGUGUCUCUCAAUCUCUCUCCGUCCGUCCCCCGUCUAUCCGUGUCCCCGUGUCUGUGUCUCAGUGUCCCCACCCCCGCCCCCCCCCCCCCCCGUGUCUGUAUUGGGCUCAGCCUCUUGUCUCAGUUUCUCUACGUCUUCCCUGUGCGGUAUAUAUCCAUCUGCGUGCGUCUCUCUCUCUCUCUCUCCAAUGCUGGCUCUCUCUUGCUUUCUCCCUCUCUCUCUCUCUCUCGCUAUCUUGCUCUCUCUCGCUCUCCCAUCUCUCCAGCGUCGUCGAUCCAAUGAAAGCGACGCGCUCCUAACGAACGCCCGGAAAACAUCGGUCUCAUCGAUUCCACGAGAGGAGACGAUCACGCGAUCAGGCUGCGACAUUCCCCGUGUAUCACGCGCAGUGUUUAUCAUUACACUUACUAUUUACAUUCAUCAGCACCACCGUCACCAUCAUCUUCGAUAUUGUUUACCAACGGCUCUAUCAUCUUCACCAUCAUCAGCAUCAUCUUAAUCAACAUCAGCAUUAACAGCUGCAGCAACACUACAAACGAUAUCAUAGUUAUUAUCCACACACACUUUUACCAUAAACAACACCGGCAUCACAAUCAGCAGCAGGAUCAUCUAAGUCAACAUCAUCCAAAUCUGCAGCAGCACCACCAUCGCCACGAUCAUUGUUUUUUUUAAUAUACAUUCUCCAUCACCAUAAGCAGCAGCUAUAAAAUCACUACCACCAGCGGCAUCAUCAUCUAACAUCUUCAGCACAGCAUCAUCAUCAUCGGUGGGCAUGCAGAAGCUAUUGCAUUACAAUGACGAGCAUAUCAUGCACGUGGCACGGGUGGCGCGCGUCGAGGGCUCGCGCCGCGGCUAUCUCCGCGUCCGCCUCGCCGCCGGCGUCGGACCCGCGCUGCCCGCGCUGCCGCCACUGCCCGGACUGCCCGGGGUCUCGGCCGGCGGGCCCGGUGGCCCGGGUGGGCCAGGCGGGCCCUUGGGAGCACCCGACGGGACGUGCCCGCAGCAGGGCCCGCGGCCGUGGCGCGCGGCGUGGUGCGCGCUCCACCAGAAUCUGCUCUUCUGCUUCGAGAGCGAGGGCAGCGCGCGGCCUCACUCCGUCUUCCUCCUGGAGGGCUCCGCGUGCGAGCGGACUCAGCGCCCGGGCCACGAGGAGGAGCAGGAGGAGGAAGACGGUCAGCUGGAGCUGGUGGUUCGGUUCGGGCCCGACGGCCAGGGCGCACUGCACCUGCGGGCCCUGGACGAGGGAGACCGGGACGCGUGGGUGGCUGCCAUCUCGCGGUGCAGCUACGAGUCGGUACGUGCGGAGCGGGACCGCGCGCUCCACAAGUACCAGCGGCUGCUGCGCCUCGCUGAGGCCGAGAAGGCCCUCGGGGCGAGCAUCCACGAGCACCUGGACGAGCAGGAGAGCGAGGCCGACAAGCUGAGGGCCGAGGUGAGGGAGGUGGUGAGCCUCAACAGGAGCAAGGAGCGCUUGUACGCGGUCGGUGAGGACAGCGACGAUGAGGAUGAAGACCCCGACAUCCGGAAGAUCAAGAAGGUCCAGAGCUUCCUGCGCGGUUGGCUGUGCCGGCGCAAGUGGAAGGCGAUCGUGCAGGACUACAUCCGCUCCCCGCAGGCCGAGUCGCGGCGCAAGCGCAACCAGCUGGUGUUCUCCAUGCUGGAGGCCGAGGGCGAGUACGUGGCGCAGCUGCGCGUCCUGGUCACGGGCUUCCUGCGCCCGCUGCGCAUGGCCGCCAGCUCCAAGCGCCCGCCCAUCUGCCACGACGACGUCAGCGCCGUCUUCCUCAACAGCGAGACCAUCAUGUUCCUGCAUCAGAUCUUCCACCAGGGCCUGAAGGCUCGCAUCGCCAGCUGGCCCACCAUUGUCCUAGCGGACCUGUUUGACAUGCUGCUGCCCAUGCUGAACAUCUACCAGGAGUUUGUGCGGAACCACCAGUUCAGCCUGCAGGUGCUCGCCAACUGCAAGCAGAACCGCGAGUUCGACAAGCUGCUCAAGCAGUACGAGAGCCGCGCCGAGUGCGAGGAGCGGACCCUGGAGACUUUCCUCACCUUCCCCAUGUACCAGAUCCCGCGCUACAUCGUGACGCUGCACGAGCUGCUGGCGCACACCCCGCAGGAGCAUGUGGAGCGCCGGAGCCUUGAGUUCGCCAAGUCCAAGCUGGAGGAACUGUCCAGGAUCAUCCACGACGAGGUGAGCGAGACGGAAAACAUCCGCAAGAACCUCGCCAUCGAGCGCAUGAUCGUGGAGGGCUGUGGCAUCCUGCUGGACACGAGCCAGACCUUCGUGAGGCAGGGCUCCCUGCUGCAGGUGUCCACCGCCGAGAAGGGCCGCAUGAGCCGAGGGCGCCUGGGGUCGCUCACGUCGAAGAAGGAGGGCGAGCGGCAGUGCUUCCUCUUCACCAAGCACCUCAUCAUCUGCACGCGCGCUUCCGGGGGCAAGCUGCACCUUAACAAGAACGGGGGGGUGCUCCCCCUGCUGAAUUGCACUCUCCUGGAGGAUCUGGAACCUGCAGAUGAUGAGGCGCGCAGUGCGGUGCAGGACCUGGAAUUCCGCUUGGCCAUCGAGGCCGGAGACACCCCGCCCUGCAUCGUGCUCGUCGCUGCGUCCAGGCAGCAGAAGGCAGCAUGGACCAGCGACAUCAGCCAGUGCAUCGAUAACCUGCGCUGCAACGGCCUCAUGAUGAACGUGUUUGAGGAUAACUCCAAGAUCUCCGUGCCGCAGAUGGUCAGGUCGGACCGCAGCCUGUACUGCGACGGCGCCGACAUCCGCUUCAGCCGAACGCUCGACUCGUGCAAGGUGCCCGUGAUCCGCGCGGCGAGCGUGAGCCGCCUGCUCGAGCGCCUCACCGACCCUCGCUUCCUCAGCAUCGACUUCCUCAACACCUUCCUCUACUCGUACCGCGUGUUCACCACGGCCACCGCGCUGCUCGCCCGCCUCGCCGCGGGCUACCGUCGCCCGCUCAGCGCCGUGCCCGCCAGCUCGCUGGAGCUGUUCUUCUCGAGCAGCCUGCCUGGACGCCCGCACUACGGCGAGCCCCCCAAAUCUCCCCGCGCUUGCCGCAAGUUCUCCACUCCCCUCUCCCCGACGUCCCCUCCGGGCGCCGUCAUCGCCGCCAUCGCCACGUCUCCCCCGCCCGGGACGAGUGGCGGCAGCGGCGGCGCCGUCAUCGUCGGCGUGAGCGUCAGCGUCAGCGAGGCCCCCGUGGCCAGCGACACCGACGCGGACGCCUCCCCCCUUGCCGCCGCCCCCGCCGCAGCUGGCGCUGCCGUCUCCGAGCCGGCGUCGCCGCUCACGUCCCCCACGUGCCUCCCGGCCCCCGGCGCCAUCGCGGGGGUCCCCUCGCCAUUCCGCGGGCGCCGGAAGAUGUCGCUGAACGCGCCUCUCAUCCACGAGCCGCCGGUGCACGCCGCCCUCCCCCGCGGUGCCGAUGAUGCCGCUGCUUCCUCGGCCGGAUCGCCCGACGGACGAGGAGGCUCCGGAGGAGGUGGUGAUGCUCGGAGGUCGCCCCUGGAUGCUGAGCAGCACGAGACGGGACCUCUGCGGUCCCCCAGCACCCCGCGCCACCGCUCCUUCCGCCACUCGGAGUUCCCCCUCUUCCAUGUGGGAUCGACAGCCGAGGUCGGGGGCGAGACGCAGGAGAAGAUCCGACGGCUCUCCCUGGCUGGUUUCUCCAUCGCCGAGCACCGCAUGCUCGACAAAGAGUUCAUCAUCCGGCGUGCGGUCACCAACCGCGUUCUCAACGUCCUGCGCCACUGGGUGUCCAAGCACUCGCAGGACUUUGAGUCGGACUCGGAUCUUAAGUCGGCCGUGGUUCGGCUCCUGGAGGAGAUCUCUCGCGACACGGAGCUCAUCGGCCAGGAGCGCAAGGCAGCUGCCAACAUCCUGAGAACCCUGACGCAAGAGGAGUCGGAGGACAUCCCAAUGACAGUGGAGCAACUCGCACUCACGUGCGAGGGCCAGCGCAGCGAGGCCUUCGAGUCGUUCACUGCGAUGGAGCUCGCGGAGCAGCUCACCCUGCUCGACCACCUCGUGUUCCGCAGCAUCCCCUACGAGGAGUUCUUUGGCCAGGGCUGGAUGAAGCUGGACAAACACGAGCGAGCGCCGCACAUCAUGAGGACAAGCAAGCACUUCAACGAGAUGAGCAACCUGGUGGCGUCGGAGGUCGUGCGCCGGGCGGAGGUGGCAUCGCGCGCCGCCGCCAUCGAGAAGUGGGUCGCCGUCGCAGACGUCUGCCGCUGCCUCAACAACUACAACGGCGUGCUGGAGAUCCACUCGGCCCUGAACCGCACCGCCGUGUUCCGCCUCAAGAAGACGUGGCUCAAAGUCUCCAAACAGACUAAAACCCUGUUUGAGAAGAUGCAGAAGGCGCUGUCGUCCGAAGGGCGAUUCAAGAACCUGCGGGAGAUGCUGAAGAGCUGCGACCCGCCGUGCGUGCCCUACCUGGGGAUGUACCUCACCGACCUCGCCUUCAUCGAGGAGGCGACCCCAAACCUCACCGACGACUGCCUCGUCAAUUUCUCCAAGAUGCGCAUGAUCACCCACAUCCUGCGCGAGGUGCGACAGUUCCAGCAGACGCCGUACAAGCUUGAGCCGGACCCCAGGACGCUGCAGUACCUGCUGGAGCGCUCGAUGCUUCUGGACGACGACAGCCUCUACGAGCUCUCGCUGCAGCUCGAGCCGCGCCUGCCCACGUGAGGGGGGAACC